AUGGUGGUGGAGAAUUGCACUGUGUUUUCUGAGUUCAUAUUCUUAGGACUUUCUAGCAGACAGGAUGUCCAACUUGGGCUUUUUGUGUUUUUUCUCUUUGUUUAUGGCACAACUGUGAUUGCCAAUGUGGGGAUGAUCCUGCUGAUCAAGAUGGACUCCAGACUCCACACACCCAUGUACUAUUUCCUGAGCAACCUGUCUUUCUGUGAUGUCUGUUAUUCCUCCUCUGUCUCUCCCAAGAUGCUAGCUGAUUUUUUAUCUGAGAAAAAGAGGAUCCCAUAUCAUCUCUGUCCCAUUCAAAUGUAUGUCUUUGGUGCCUUUGCUGAUUUGGAAUGUCUCAUGUUAGCAGUUAUGGCUUAUGACCGUUACGUAGCCAUUUGCAAUCCACUUCUUUAUACAGUUGCCAUGUCCAGGAAACUCUGUACCCAGCUAGUUGUCUUUUCCUACACGGUGGGAUUGGUGGAUUCUGCAAUUCACACCUCUUUAGCAUUCCGGUUGUCUUUUUGCAGCUCCAAUAUCAUCAAUCACUUCUUCUGUGACAUCCCUCCCUUGCUUGCCCUCUCCACCUCAGAUACAUCCAUUAAUGAGAUAGUGAUGUUCACUCUCAUUGGUUGUGUCGUGGGGUUCAGCAUAAUCACUGUCCUCCUCUCUUACAGCUACAUCAUAACUACUAUCUUUAGAAUGAAAUCAGCUGAGGGGAGACGCAAAGCCUUCUCUACCUGUGCCUCCCACUUAACUGCAGUGGCUAUAUUUCACGGCACACUCCUGUUCAUGUAUUUUAGACCUAGUUCAAGUUACUCCAUGGACACUGACAAAAUGGCUUCCGUUUUCUACACAGUUGUCAUCCCUAUGUUAAACCCAUUGAUCUACAGCUUGAGGAAUAAAGAUGUGAAGUGUGCCCUGAAAAAAGUAAUGGGCACUGAAUUACAUUCUGGGUGA